ACGCUUUCUGUGAACGGAAGCACAUCGUCGUCUGUCUCACUAGCGGAGACUCACCGUUUCUACGAAGUGAAAACCCUAAGCCUCUGUCGCUCGAUCGAUCGAUCGAUUCAGGUUGAAAAGUCUGGUCAAACAGUCAACAUAUGGGUGCAGGAGAAUACACGUCUGUGACCAACGAAAACAACCCACUCGAUCGAGUCCCUCAUGCAAAACCACCCUUCACCAUCGGCGAUCUGAAAAAAGCCAUCCCACCACACUGCUUCCAGCGGUCGCUAACCCGUUCGUUCUCCUACGUGCUGUCUGACCUCACCAUAACCGCUGUCCUCUACCACAUUGCCACCACCUACUUCCACCACCUCCCCACCCCUUUGUCAUCCAUCGCAUGGGCCUCUUACUGGGUAGUCCAAGGCUGCGUCCUCACCGGAGUCUGGGUCAUCGCCCACGAAUGUGGUCACCAUGCGUUUAGUGAUUAUCAAUGGGUCGACGACACUGUGGGCUUUGUUCUCCACUCGUCUUUACUCGUCCCUUACUUUUCGUGGAAAUAUAGUCACCACCGCCACCAUUCCAACACUGGAUCACUCGAGCGGGACGAGGUUUUCGUCCCCAAAUCCCGAUCGAAAGUCCCGUGGUACUCGAAAUACUUUAACAACACAGUGGGCCGCAUUGUCAGUAUGUUCGUCACUCUCACUCUCGGCUGGCCCUUGUACUUAGCUUUCAAUGUGUCGGGCCGACCCUAUGACCGUUUCGCCUGCCACUACGUCCCAACCAGCCCUAUGUACAAUGAACGUAAACGUUACCAGAUAGUCAUGUCCGACAUCGGGAUUGUUAUCACAUCGUUCAUCCUUUAUCGUGUUGCUAUGGCAAAAGGGUUGGUUUGGGUGAUUUGCGUCUAUGGGGUUCCGUUGAUGGUUGUGAACGCGUUUCUGGUGUUGAUCACUUAUCUUCAACAUACUCACCCUGGCUUGCCGCAUUAUGAUAGCUCGGAAUGGGAAUGGUUAAAGGGAGCAUUGGCGACAGUGGACCGUGACUAUGGUGUGUUGAACAAGGUGUUCCAUCAUAUUACCGACACACAUGUGGUGCACCAUUUGUUUUCGACAAUGCCUCAUUAUAAUGCGAUGGAAGCACAGAAGGCGCUGAGACCGGUGCUUGGGGAGUAUUAUCGGUUUGACAAGACCCCGUUUUAUGUAGCCAUGUGGAGAGAGAUGAAGGAAUGUUUGUUUGUGGAGCAAGAUGAUGAAGGGAAAGGAGGUGUGUUUUGGUACAAGAAUAAGAUGAAUUAAUAAGUGUUUAGUGGAUGUCUAUGCUUAUUAAGUCUGUGACAAUGGGUCUUGUCCUGGUUCUGGGUCUGGGUCUGGUUAGUGUGUGUGGUUAGUGUGUGUUGUGGGUCAAGUGUAUGUCAGAUGGAUGUAACGCAGUAUGUGUUGCCGUGUUGGGUGUGUUUUAGAACUAUUAAUGAAUAUAUUAUAUAUAUCUCUUA